CCCAUUGCCAUUCACCAACAACAUCAAACAUGGCACCUACUUCUCUAUUAUUAUCAUCUCCAUCAUGUUCUCUUCUCUUUCAUCCACUAACCUCUCAUGCUCCCUCCAAACUUCACCUUAUUAAUCCAAUCUCUAAGAGGCCAUCUACUACCAGAGUUUUCGCAGCACAUGACCAGAACUACAGUGGGCGGCUGGUGGAUGUCAACAUGAUUGUUCUUAGGAAAAGAAUUCAUGAGAUGAAGAUGGUGGAGAGAAACUAUGAGCCUCCUUCCCAUUGGAUGGAAUGGGAGAAGCGUUGUUUUACUAGCUAUGAUUCUUUCAUUUGUGAAAUGGUGGGUGUUCUACAAUCCCAGUUGAUGGACACAAGGCCUAGCGUGGCUUUGGGGCUCAUCUCUUUGAUUGCUCUCAGUGUUCCCAUCUCAUCGGCUAUGGUGUUUUCCCAUUUUUUGGAAUUUACUAAGAUUGUCUUUGAUGGAAUAAUUCACUUCAGUUAAUUGGUUAUUAUAUAUCUUAGCAGAUCAUAAUUAGAUUUAAGUUUGGUUUGAUA